UUGAAUAAAUUUUUUAGUCUCAUAACUCGUCAAAUAUUCCCAGCUGCCGAUGAUGAACUCCUUAAUUAUUUACAAGAAGAAAAUCAACAGAUUGAACCUGAAUGGUACUGUCCUAUUAUCCCUAUGGUUCUUGUAAAUGGCGCUGAAGGUGUGGGUACAGGAUGGUCAACGCUCAUACUUAGCCAUAACAUCAAUGAUGUAGUGGAUAAUGUGCAAAGAAUGAUUGAUGGAAGUGAAGUGGAGAAAAUGGCCCCAUCGUUCUCGGACUUUUCCGGGAAAAUCGAGGAGAUAGCAGAGAAUAGCUACGAGAUAAGCGGAAAAUAUAGGAUUGUUCCUUCGCAGCGGAAGAAUGCGCCAAAUUUGAGGAUUGAAAUCACAGAAUUGCCUGUGGGAGAAUGGACGAAUAGGUACAAACAGAAUACUUUACAAGCAUUGCAGAAGAACGGAUACAUAAGCAACUAUAAGGAAUAUCAUACGGAAAGAAAUGUGCGAUUCCUCGUCGAACUAAGCAGAGAUUUUACAACACGAUGUAGAAGACCUGCUGGACGGUACUCUGAGCUCAUGAAGAAAUUUAAACUCUGCACGAAGAUAACAACGAACUCUAUGGUUUUGUUCGACCCCUUGGGUCACCUCAAGAAUUAUGCUACUGUAAGUGAUAUCUUGUGGGAACAUUUUCAUGUCCGUCAACGGAUGUAUGAAAGAAGGAAGGAGCAUGAGACAAGAUUGCUAGAUGCACAGAAGAGAAAAGUUGAGAAUCAGGUGAGUAUUCAU